AUGAAGCCUUCAGGUGCCAUGCCAGCAACAGUCUUCAAAGGCCAGUUGCUUUUGCUGUUCCUACUGCUUCUGCUGGGACCACAGAUCUCCCAGGGCCUGGUCAUUACACCUCCGGAACCAGAACUUGUCCUCAAUGUCUCCAGCACCUUCACUCUGACCUGCUCGGGCUCAGUUCCAGUGGUAUGGGAACGGUUGUCCCAGGAGCCACCGCAGGAAAUGACCAAGACUCAGGAUGGUAACUUCUCCAGUAUGCUGACGCUUACCAAUGUCACAGGGCUAGACACAGGGGAAUACUUCUGCACGUACAAUGGUUCCCAUGGGCUGGAGCCCAGUGAGAGAAAACGGCUCUACAUCUUUGUGCCAGAUCCCACCAUGGACUUCCUCCCUACAGACUCUGAGGACCUAUUCAUCUUUCUCAUGGAAGUAUCUGAGAUAACAAUUCCGUGUCGGGUAACAGACCCAAAACUAGUGGUGACAUUGCACGAGAAGAAAGUGGACAUCCCACUCCCUAUCCCCUAUGACCACCAACGUGGUUUCUCUGGUAUCUUUGAGGACAAGACCUAUGUCUGCAAAACCACCAUUGGGGACAAGGAGGUGGAUUCUGACCCCUACUAUGUCUACAGCCUCCAGGUGUCAUCUAUCAAUGUCUCGGUGAACGCAGUGCAGACUGUGGUUCGACAGGGCGAGAACAUCACUGUCAUGUGCAUUGUGACCGGAAGUGAGGUCGUCAACUUUGGGUGGACAUAUCCCCGCAUGGAGAGUGGGCGGCUGAUAGAGCCGGUGACGGACUUCCUCAUAGAUGUGCCCUCUCACAUCCUGUCCAUACUGCACAUCCCCAAUGCCGAGCUGGGCGACUCAGGGACCUACCUCUGCAAUGUGUCGGAGAGUGUGAACGAGCAUCAGGAUGAAAAGGCCAUCAAUGUCACUGUGGUUGAGAGCGGCUAUCUGCGACUUCUGGAAGAGUUGGACGAUAUACAAUUCGCCGAGCUGCACCGGAGCUGCACACUACGGGUCAUGUUCGAGGCCUACCCACCUCCCACCGUCGUAUGGUUCAAGGACAACCGCACCCUGGGUGAUCACAACACUGGCGAAAUCUCCCUGUCCACGCGCAAUGUGUCCGAGACCCGGUAUGUGUCAGAACUGACACUGGUGCGGGUGAAAGUGGCGGAGGCAGGCCGCUACACCAUGCGGGCCUUCCACGAGGACGCUGAGGCCCAGCUCUCCUUCCAGCUGCAGGUCAAUGUCCCAGUACAUGUGCUGGAGUUGAGGGAGAGUCACCCAGCCAGUGGAGAGCAGACAGUCCGCUGUCGAGGCCGUGGCAUGCCCCAGCCACAGCUCACUUGGUCUACCUGCAGUGACCUCAAGAGAUGUCCACGAGAGCUGCCACCCACACCCCUGGGGAACAGUUCAGAGGAGGAGAGCCAGCUAGAGACCAACGUGACAUACUGGGAGGAGGAGCAGGUGUUUGAGGUGGUGAGCACACUGCACCUGUACCGGGUGGAUCAGCCGCUGAACGUGCGCUGCACUCUUCAAAACCUACUAAGCUCCCACUCACAGGAAAUCACCGUAGUGCCACAUUCGUUGCCCUUCAAGGUGGUGGUGAUCUCAGCCAUCCUGGCCCUAGUGGUCCUCACCAUCAUCUCCUUCAUCAUCCUCAUCAUGCUCUGGCAGAAGAAGCCACGUUAUGAGAUCCGCUGGAAGGUGAUUGAGUCAGUGAGCUCUGAUGGACAUGAGUACAUCUAUGUGGACCCCAUGCAGUUGCCUUACGACUCCACAUGGGAGCUGCCUCGGGACCAGCUCGUGCUCGGACGCACCCUGGGUUCCGGGGCCUUUGGGCAAGUGGUGGAGGCCACGGCACACGGCCUGAGCCAUUCUCAGUCCACGAUGAAGGUGGCUGUCAAGAUGCUGAAAUCCACAGCCCGCAGCAGUGAGAAGCAAGCCCUCAUGUCGGAGCUGAAGAUCAUGAGUCACCUUGGACCCCACCUGAAUGUGGUCAACCUGCUAGGGGCCUGCACCAAAGGAGGGCCCAUCUACAUCAUCACUGAGUACUGCCGUUACGGUGACCUGGUCGACUAUCUACACCGCAAUAAGCACACCUUCCUGCAGCACUGCUCUGACAAGCACCUGCCCAGCGCUGAUCUCUACAGCAACGCCCUGCCCAUCGGGCUUCCCUUGCCCAGCCACGUGUCCCUGACCGGGCAGAGUGACGGUGGUUACAUGGACAUGAGCAAGGAUGAGUCGGUGGACUACGUGCCCAUGCUGGACAUGAAAGGGGACGUUAAAUAUGCAGACAUCGAAUCCUCCAACUACAUGGGCCCUUACGACAACUACGUCCCCUCUGCUCCUGAGAGGACCUGUCGGACAACUCUAAUCAAUGAGUCCCCAGUGCUUAGCUACAUGGACCUCGUGGGCUUCAGCUACCAGGUGGCCAAUGGCAUGGAGUUCCUGGCCUCCAAGAACUGUGUCCACCGAGACCUGGCCGCCAGGAAUGUACUGAUCUGUGAGGGCAAGCUGGUCAAGAUUUGUGACUUCGGCCUGGCUCGUGACAUUAUGCGGGACUCAAACUACAUCUCCAAAGGCAGCACCUUCCUCCCUCUCAAGUGGAUGGCCCCCGAGAGCAUCUUCAACAGUCUCUACACCACCCUGAGUGACGUGUGGUCCUUUGGAAUUCUACUCUGGGAGAUCUUCACUCUGGGUGGCACCCCUUAUCCUGAGCUGCCCAUGAACGAGCAGUUCUACAACGCCAUCAAGCGAGGUUACCGCAUGGCCCAGCCUGCCCAUGCCUCAGACGAGAUCUAUGAGAUCAUGCAGAAAUGCUGGGAAGAGAAGUUUGAGAUCAGACCCCCCUUCUCUCAGCUGGUGCUGCUUCUUGAGAGACUGCUGGGUGAGGGUUACAAAAAGAAGUACCAGCAGGUAGAUGAGGAGUUUCUGAGAAGCACCCACCCGGCCAUCCUUCGGUCCCAGGCCCGUCUGCCUAGAUUCCAUGGCCUCCGCUCCACCCUGGACACCAGCUCCGUUCUCUAUACUGCUGUGCAGCCCAACGAGGGUGACAAUGACUACAUCAUUCCACUGCCGGAUCCCAAACCUGAGGUUGCUGAUGAGGGAGCAUUGGAGGGUUCCCCGAGUCUUGCAAGCUCCACCCUGAAUGAAGUCAACACCUCCUCUACUAUCUCCUGUGACAGUCCCCUGGAGCCCCAAGAGGAACCAGAGCCAGAGCCCCAGCCCCUGAGAGAGCCUGAGCCCGAGCCAGAACCCAAGCCAGAGCCCCAGCUGGAAUCACCGCUGGGUUUACGCUGCUCAGGGCCUCAGACCGAGAUGGAGGACAGCUUCCUGUAGGGGCUGACCCGGACCCUGCCUGCCUGAAGCUCCCCCUCUGCUUCCCAGCACCUCCUGGACUGGCUUCCCAUCAGCCAGGCUGCCCCAUUAACUGUCCUCUUCUGGAAGGUGUCUGCCCCUGACACAUUGCACCCCAACCCCAGGGGUUUAGGUGGCAAGAGAACUGCAGGAGUUGUGACCAGCCCUCUGCCUCUGGGGAGGUCACAUGACACUAAGCCAGGGAUCCCCCUGAGACCUCAGUUUCCUCAUCUGUAAGAAGGGAAAGUUGAGCUUGGUAACCCACAAUCUGAAAUUGUCUCUCUGGACGACAGGUGGGGGGACCUGAAUCCCUAGAGAGCUUCUUGG